AGUCACUUUUUUAUUUGCAUGUUUAUGUGGUUUUGAUUGCAACAGAAAAAUUGUCUUUCCAAUUGACUUGUUUGUAUCCUUUGAAAAAUUAUUUUCAAUUUGUUUUACACAGAUUUAAAAAUAUAAAUGUCCAUUUUGUUAAAACCCAUACGAGUAUAAGUGGCGUAAAGAAGAGAUCGUCCGGUAAAUUAACGGCAAACUUGCGAGAAGAGAUUGGGUGACCUCACGACCGUUUAAAGCUAAUUCACAGUGUGUCACGAAUGUGUCACAUGUCACGACUCACGAGUCACGACUUGCAUUACAUUGUGAACAGCAUAUCAUAAUUCCCAGGGAAAAAGUUAACAUUUGUCAUUGAUUUACGUCUCUCUCGGGCGACGAAUUAAUCUACCGAAAUAAUUUUUGCCUCCUCACGAGUAAAAAAACUCACAAAGCCCCGUCUAUGAGCCUAAAUAAAAAAAUUAAUUCCACUCUUUCGAAUCUGCAAAGAGAAAAUCGGAAUCGCCUCUCUCUUAAGUUAGGUCGGAACGUACUAUUCUUGGAACAAAUUAGGUUCGAAAAUACCAGAGAAAAGGUCGUUUACUUUCGCUUGAAACAUUUAAAUAAUAGAAGUUAUUCACAAUCGGAGUAGGAUGAUCUGAGUAAACUCUCGGUAAACUUGGCGUUUUUCAAAGUCAAUAUAUUCUGCGUAAAUUUGUGAGGAAGCGGUCUUUUUGUUUUUCCAAACGCAUUCAGAGGUCACUUUGAAAUGUAGCUACGCCUGAGAAUUUUAUUUUCUACCACUCGCAGUCAUUUAAUUUUCUUUUCUUCUUUUUUUUUAUUUGCAUCAAGUUGAGUUCCCUUUGUGCUCGUCAUCUACUUCCUGAGGCAGGUCGCAAAGGCUGGAAUUUUUCACGAGCCGACCCGUCGUCCGCGUAGUAAUUGCAGAACGAGACGGGUUGCGCUCAUCCACUCCCUCCAUCCGGUUUUUCAUUUGGCUCCUUUUAACGUCGACCUUAAAAUAAACUUUGCAGCCCUGCAUGCCAUCUUUCCGCGUCGCACUUUUCUCCGUCGCCGAAACGUCGGAAGUGCUCGGCGACAGAGGCGGCUUUGGCGCCAUAUCUUGCCAAUAAAAUAUUCACGAUAAUAAAGCGGCAAAAAACCCGAGCAAAUAUUUUCGCCUUUUUCUCGUUGAAUCAUUAGUCAGUUAUAUUACAACUUGAACUAAAAUAUAAACCAUGGAAUUAUAUAAUGUACAAUGCUCGCCGCGUGGCGUUGCAAUCUGUAGACGUGGUCAGGAAAUAUAUCGAGUAGCUGACUAGAUAAGGACCACUAGUCCCUAGCAGCACUUGACAUAAAAAAUGGAUACUCCUAUCGUUGGGCGGAACCGUAUCGGCGAUAACGUUGUCGUCCCUCCGUAUUUUAUCGCUCGUAAGGUUCUAUAAUAUUUCUCUAAAAAGAAAUCUUUGCCUCAGGUCGCAGCGCAAGCCCGAGACCGGUGUCGCGAUCGACGAUGACCAUAACACGGGCGUGUGAGGUAACGAAAUGGCGAGGAUGAGCAGCCCUUGCUCCUCGAGCGUCGGUAUCGAGUCGAUCCCUCGCAGGAAGAACGCGACAACCCGAGGAGGGAAGAAGCACAGGCACGGGCCGCCAGAUGCGCUGAGGAUCCUCCGGCAGGAAACAGAAGUCGGCGGGCAGGAAGAGGCGUCAUUGUAAGGUCGACGAGCAACGACGAAUCACGAUGGACGAGAUACGCGGCUCAUCGUCGGCCCGCCGUCUCUCGCAGAUUCUCGAUCCGAUCACGCGGCUCGCCAGCGACUUCGGCUCCAGCUCGGCGCCGUGCAGCCCGCGGCUGGGCGCGCGCGUGCAAGACUCGAGUGUCGGGCCCGGCGCCGCUGCCGUCGCCACCGCCGCCAUCGCCGCCGGCCAACAGGGCCCAAUCGCCGCAGGUACGACCACCGUCGGCGCCGGUGUCUCGUCAUCGUCUCGAGCGGCGCCGAGCGGCGCCGGGACGGCCAGCGGCGCCAACGCCGGACCCGACAGCCCGCGAUUGUGGCCACGACAGUUCCGACAGGCCCCGACACCACCGCCACGGCCUAGGCACGUCGGCACCGCCACCGCCGUCAGCACCGCCAGUACCUCCACCAACGUCUCCGUGAACAUUAAUAACAACAAUAACAACAACAAUGCGGGGGGCAGCGCCGACGGCGGCGCACUACCGUCGGUGGUGCACGCGAGGGACUCGCCCUACGUCAAUGUGCCGAAUCUCUUCUUCCACAAAGACAAGAGCUUCGCCGAGAGCGCCAAGAGCGCCGGUUACAUCGAGCUUCGCGAGAAGCCCAAGUGCAGCCCGUACGACUUCACGUCCGAGUCGAGCGGUCACGUGGAGUACGCGGAUAAGAGAACGUUCGUCACUCCGGUGCAGCCCGACCUGGGCUACGACAUCGGAAAGGAAUCGGGCAGUCCUCUCUGUAGAGGAAGAUCGAACUAUGACCCGGGGCCCUCCAGCGGUAGAGGCCACUUCGACCGGGCGUUCUCGUUCUCCGGCAGGCAACCGCCGGAGCAACUGUCGGCCUCACGGAUAUACGAAACGGGCAGAUUGUUCGUCGAUCCGAGGCCGACCGGCGGCAACGUCGGCAACGUCGACCUGAAGAGGGAGAAGCUGGACGUCAGGCCCAGUUACAGCACCUCCAAGAGCUUCGACGGGUACACGACGACGGUGGAGGAGCUCAACUGGCAGGAGAGGUGUCUGGAGUUGCAGCUCGAGCUGCACAGGAGCAGGAGUCAAGCGACCAGGGUGAGGGACAUGCUCCGAGAAAAGCUCUCGGAGCUCGAGCAGCGGGUGUUGGAGGCGGAGGGCAGGGCGGACGAGGCUGAAGAUAAGGUACGGAUGAUGGAGGAGCGGCUAGUGAAGGGUGAGUACUGUCUCAGCACAUCCGGCGUUGGCUCGCCACCGCACUCGCUGCCGUCGACCUCCGGUACGCAGAAUGACAAGAUCGAAGAGGUCCAUUGUGCCUGCAUCUCGAAGCUAGAGACACAAGUCGAGGAACAGAGGCAGUUACGGCUGCAAGACGCCAGGCAAGUGGAAGCGAAAGCAGCGAGGAUAAAGGAAUGGGUUACUAAUAAAUUGAGGGAAUUGGAACAACAGAAUCAACACCUGAGAGAGCAGAACAACAAGUGUAACCAGCAGCUCGAGUUGUUGCGCAAUCAUAUAACUAAUAUCGGGCUCAAACCUGUCGCACCGACGAGAGCGUCGUUAUCCCUGGAAGUGGAUCCCGCCUUGCGUAUCGAUCGCAGGCGAUCGGAGAGCUUGGAGGGUACCCCGCAGACGGCACCGGAGUGCGUGCAGAAUAUCGCGGCGGAACCGCAAACGAGCACGAAGCACCGGCGACACUUGUCCGCCUGCGGCACCAUCCAACGAGGAGUCGCGGCCGCCAACAUGGACUCGAGUAUACUGUCCGAGGAGCUGGCCGCGGCGGUGGAGAACCUGGUGAUGUUGCCAAAUAUAUCCGGCGUUUCGGAGGCGAGCCGAGACAGCGGAAGCUCGGAAGCGGUGCACGACUAUGCCGAGAUAUACACACCCAGCCGAGAGGGUAUGAACUGGCUGCAGGGAGAACAAGGUCCACGUCCGCCCACCCCGCCGUUACACAGGUUUCCCAGCUGGGAGGCAAAAAUAUAUCAGGUAGCGGACGGUGGUCUUGGCAUCGGUCCACCGACAAACGAGGAGUCCGCACCCUCCACGAUGACAACCACGACGAGUUCGUCGAAGCAUUCUCAGGCCACGGGACACAACUUGACAGCGCACAACUCUCAGGGCUACUGCGAUAUCUCUGUUCCAGUAUACGCUACUGUCAAAGGACGUGCCAGUCAAAUCAGAUCUAUGCCUUUUGGCGAUAGCUCUGAUGAUAGUUCGGACGGCGAGGAACACCCGAAUCAAACCGAAACUAAUACCAGAAUUACCAAUAGCUCGUCCGACAACACAGAUUCCUCUCUCGGCAGCGGAAGCAGUCCCUCGAAAAGUAUCAAAACGACCAGCAGCCUCAGUCCCGCGAAAAGAAGUUCUAGCGGGUCUCCCAGUAAAAGUGUAAAACGUGAUACUUCUCUCGAGUCAGGAUUAUCCGAGGAUUACGCAAUACCUCCCGAUGCACUAAGUUCGACGUCUCUAGAAUCUAGCAUGCCUAGCCUCCUAAUGCGCGUUUCUGGCGAAAGUCCAAAGAGACAGGAAUCGCUGGAGAAAACGGGCCAUCUAGCGAAAUUAGGCGGCAAGUUAAAAACCUGGCGGAAACGGUGGUUCGUGCUGAAAAACGGUGUGUUAACGUAUUGGAAGAGUCAAAAUGAUGUCAACCGGAAACCUCAAGGCCAAAUCAUCUUGGACGAAGUGUGCAGAAUCAAUAGAGCCGAAGGAGCCGCCACUUUCGAAAUAGCCACAGGUAAGAAGACUUAUUACUUGACCGCGGACUGUAUCGCCACGAUGGAAGACUGGAUAAGAGUGCUGCAGAACGUGCAGAGGCGAAAUGCAACAAAACUUCUGCUCAGUAGAGAAGAUAAUAAACCAACGAUACAGGGUUGGUUGACGAAGGUGAAAAACGGCCACGCGAAGAAGUGUUGGUGCGUGCUCAUCGGCAAGAUGUUCCUUUACUUUAAGUGUCCCAGUGAUACGAAUCCUAUCGGCCAAAUCAAUAUGAGGGACGCUCGAGUGGAGGAGGUGGAACAUGUUUCGGAUAGCGACAGUGAGGAGAGAGACGCCGAGUGUCCACACGAGAGAACAAUCGGCAUCUUUCCGACGCAUCAGGGUCCAACUUAUCUGCUGAUGCCACAUAAGCAGGAUAAGGACAACUGGCUCUACCAUUUGACAGUGGUGUCGGGCGGUGGACCGAGCGCGGGCACGCAAUAUGAACAACUGGUGCAAAGACUAAUGGAAACCGACGGUGAUCCUAGUUGCGUGCUCUGGCGGCAUCCUCUGCUGCUGCACACGAAAGAAAGCAUCACGAGCCCGCUGACAAGCCUGACCUCUGAAUCCCUGCAAACCGAAGCCAUAAAACUCUUUAAGGCUUGUCAGCUGUUUAUGUCGGUGGCAGUAGAACAAGCAGGUAUCGACUACCACGUCGUUCUAGCGCAAAAUGCAUUACAACAAUGCCUAGACCAGCCUGAACUUCAAUCUGAAUUUAUAUGCGCACUGGUAAAGCAGACAAGUCGUCACACGCAACACCGUUUGGGCGUACAGCAGCUCCUCCUCUGCGCCACGCAAUCGCUCUUCACCUGCGAUACGCAAAGUCCCGCGGCAAAUGGCAGCGGUGAAAAUGCGGACGCGCAAUCAACGGCCUCGACUUCUCACAGUCCUCCGCUCACGCAGGGCCACUCGACCUCCACUAUCUUGGACUGCAAAACUAAUCCCGCGCAGUAUGUGCUUAUCCAGGGAUGGCAGCUCCUGGCGCUCGCCGUUUCCCUCUUUCUGCCCAAGAACAAUCGGCUACUAUGGUACCUGAAACUGCACCUGCAGAGAAACGCCGACAGCAAAACGGAAUGUGGCAAGUAUGCGGCUUAUUGCGAGAGAGCCUUGGAGAGAACGUUGCAGAAUGGUGGUAGAGAGGUGAAGCCGUCGAGGAUGGAAGUAUUAUCGAUACUAAUGAAGAAUCCGUACCAUCAUUCAUUGCCGCACGCCAUACCAGUUCACUUUCUGAACGGCACCUAUCAGGUCGUGAGCUUCGACGGUAGUACUACGAUAGAGGAAUUUCUGAACACCCUGAACCAAGAGAUUGGCUGUAGGGACAUUCAUCAGUCCGGCUUCACGCUAUUCAGCGAUGACCCGAUUGAAAAGGAACUCGAGCAUUUCAUCGAUCCAGAAGCGAAGCUGUGCGACAUAAUCUCAAAGUGGGAGACAGCGUUACGAGAGAAGGGCUCGGGAAAAUUCGAAAAUACUAGAGUGAUACAAUUAACAUACAAAUCUCGUUGCUACUGGCGGCAAGCUGCUAAAAUGGAAACAGACAAGGAGAGACUCUUGCUGUGUUAUCAAGUGAAUCAACAAGUUGUGCAAGGAAAGUUCCCAUUAAAUCGUGAACUCGCUUUUGAACUGGCAUCGUUGAUGGCACAGAUCGAUUUUGGAGAAUACAACAACGAUAAAGCACGUGGCAGCGGCCCCGGAAGCAAUCCGCAUCAUCUCGUACUUCAAGCUCUGGACAAAUUUUAUCCAAUACGCUAUCGAGCCAACAUUACUGCCGAUCAGUUGAGGGAAUUGCAAGAGAAAUUACAAGAAAAGUGGAUCGCUUUAAAAGGACGUAGCGUAUUAGAUUGCGUUCGUAUAUAUCUCACAUGCACCAGAAAGUGGCCUUUCUUCGGAGCUACCUUGUAUCAAGCAAAGCUGAAGCAAACCGAACCUGUAACGGUCUGGAUAGCGGUGUCCGAGGACAGUGUAACGUUGCUUGAAUUACAAACAAUGGCUGUCAUGUGCCGGUAUAAUUAUGCGAACAUAAUAACGUUCGGUGGCUGUUUGGAUGAUUUCAUGCUCGUCGCUUGCCCGGACGAGGGUGCGGCCGAGCAGAAAUUGCUCUUUGCACUCUCUAAACCCAAAAUAUUGGAGAUAACGUUAUUAAUCGCCGAUUAUAUGAAUGCGCUGGGCCAUGCAUUACCGGGCACUCCACAAAUGAAUACUUUAACGCGCAAUGGAUCACACCGGUCCAUCAAAUCCACCCUGAGACCUGCGACUGGUUCAAGCUGUCUUCCAACUCAACCUGAUAUAUUGAAAUCGACGCCAGAUCACCAAAGACCUUAAUAAAAAGGCUGGUCGCGUUAAUUUUUCGAAAAGAUAACUGGAUAUAUUUCUUGGAUGCGCGCGGAGAUCUGAUUAUGAUGCAUAUUUUUCUUUUGUUUGUAUCACAUAAAGGCAGCGUAACAGUGCAGUAUUAGUGUCGUACACUGCGAUGUGCGAUGCAUCGUGUUUCUUUUUCUACAAAACGCGCAGUCACAAACACGUUCGAAUCAUGUUUACGUUUACAUCGUAUGUGCACGUAAAUUAGUAUCGACGCUUAUAACAACGUAUCUGUGUAAAUACUUAACGAUAAGCGCAAGAACUAAUCACGAACGAUCGUGCUGGUGGUCUAGAGGGCGGCUGAAAUCGAACCGAAUCGAUCUGUAACACUGCCUAAUUAGUAUGCGCGAUUACACAUCGAAUAGUUUCAUCUUGCGGCUACGUAUCAUGCUGAGACUUUUGCUACGUAUUUAUAUAUCAAAUUAAGAACACACCAGAAACGAAAAGAACGCGUAAAAUAUUGCGUAAUAGUGAUGUAUUCACUCCGUGUCGUGUAUUAUAUAUUAAUCAAAGUUAUUAAAUGUUUAGGAGUAUAUCUCGAAUGAUACAGCGAUGCGUUCUUUCCCGUUUUUCGAUAUCGAACGGAAUACCUCCAUGCCUACGCAUGUUGUCGCUAUGUCAUGUGAACCAUAACACAACUGUCUCUAAUUCUAUCCAGAUCUUUGUCGGACGAAAAAUCAAUCGCUUGAAUUUAUUUUAGAUUUAUUAAAAGAAAUUAAUUCUUGUUGCACAGAUUUAAAUUUAAUGAAAAUUCAAAAUCUAGAUUUAAUACAGAUCUGAGCCGUGCGGGAGAAUUUAAAUUUAAUUUAAAUAAUAAGUUUUAUAACUUGAAUUUAUUUGAAAUUAAAUUCAACUUUGUGAUAUAUUCAAACAAAAAAGGAGGAGAGGAAAGAUGAAGGUAAUUUUCUCUUAACAUUACAGGAUACAUCACAGGACAGUAAAUCGAUCUUAUAAACGGAACUAUGUCACAUCCCGUCUAUUGACAAAAAAGAGAAAGACUGACUAUACUUCUUUCUUCUUCGAACGUCUAUUUUCCUUUUUGUGUGAGGCUACUUGUGAGAUCGAUCAACAAAGGAAAAUCUGAUAUACUCAUAUUAACUUUGAUAACAGCUAGUCUCGUAUCUGAUAUUUAUUUAAGGUGUAAGUGCUACACGGUUUCUUUCUCUUUUUUUUUACAGGUACACGACCAAAUAGAUGUAAUUGGGAACGUAAUUUAUAUAUAAAUAUACUAUUUAAUAUAAUUAACAUUGCGUUCCUACGCGUAAUACGUGUGCAACACUGUGUAUUAAAACAUACGAUUUUAGCGUUGUCUAUAUAUAUACAUAUUUAUAUAUAUAUAGAAAACGAGAGAAUGAAAGAAUGAAAAAGAAAGAGAGAGAGAGAGUCAGACAAAAAGAAGUUUUGUACUCGCGUUCGACGUGUCCUACGUAACUAGUAAACGUCUUCCUUCUAGCAGUUACAAAAUAUGAGCUGAAAGUAGGGCUUUCGUGCAAUACGUACAAGACUUCUACGGUUUUGUAAUUUUCGAGACUACUAUGCGCCUGUCCCGAGCAGAAUAGCGAAUCUCGACUUUUAAAGGAUCUCUGCGCAAGGUGUCUGGAGAACGUCUAAAGUCUCAGACGUCUUCGCGAACUCCUUUAAAUGUCUGAAAAUGUGGACGGACUAUAGGCGCGCAUAUACUCGGCUUCAUUUAGGCACAUUGUGAAUGUUUGUACGAAUAAUUCGAACCUCAGACUAUUGAGAGCAGUACAAAGAGAUGCAAGAAUGACAUUUUGUCCUUAAUUUUUUAUAUAUCGAAGCGGUAUCGAAUGCUGUUGCGUGGGUGACUAGCACCCGUGUAUCAUGACGUAGUUGAAGGAAUCGUACGCGUAUUACACUCACCUAUUCGUGUAAAUAUCAUGAGGACGGACAUGCGUUUCUAAAAAGUUAGAGUAGAAUCAAAAUAGGCAGCUAGCAGUUUACACAAUCGAGCUCUAUCUGAAUCGCGUUCUACCGAGCCUAUCUCACAUCUUACAUUUAUAUUUAUUAUUUAUUCGUAUGAAAAAGGUACGAGCGAGAUGAGUGGAAAACAUUGUGUACUAUUGUACAGAGGAACAAAUAAACUGCACAUUAAUACAAUCU